AUGGAUGGAGUAAAGCGUGGCAUGGCGAUGGCGAUGGCGGCGAAAUGGAAUGGAAUGAAGGAAGCGGGAGGAGGCGACAACAGAAGGCGGCGCAAUGGAAGGAAGUGGGGAGGAGGAGGCGACAACGGAGGCCGGAGUUGGCUCUCCGACAAGCCGUGGGAAGCGGAGCACUCCGACCAUCUUUGGCCCGUUACGUGGUGCUCAUUUUGCAUUGGUCACCAGCUCUCUGCCGUAGUGCCGUUGGUGGUGAAAGGGAUCCAGAUGGAGUCAAUCGCCGUGGUGACCGUGCCCUUCCCGGCGCAGGGCCACCUGAACCAGCUCCUGCACCUGUCGCUGCAGCUCACAGCACGGGGCUUGCCCGUGCACUACGCGGCGCCCGCGGCGCUGGUCCGUCAGGCCCGCGCGUGCGUGCACGGCUGGGACGAGGCCACACUCAGCUCCGUCGUGUUCCACGAGCUCGGCAUCUCCGCCUCGCACCGCCGCAUCGUCGUGGUGCACGACCGCAUCAACGUGUACACCGGAGAGGAGGCGUUCGGGCUGCACUGCCUGGCAUUCCUCGACGUCGCCCACUGCGCGUCAAGGAAGUUCGUGGAGUACGUCGCCAAACGCACGAGGCCGACCAAGGCCGGUGAGCGGCGGAGGAGGAAGAGAGGUCGCAGCGGCGAGCCUGCCGAACGCAUCGGCGAGGUACGCACCCCGUCCUCUCCAGGCACGCGAUGGCUCCACCGUCCUCCACCUCCGUCGUCAUCCUCCGUGCCCGCCGCCACGGCGCCUCCGCAGCAGCGGUCGCAGGAGCAGGAGCAGUACCUGCUGCUGCUGCCGGCGCAUGCUCGCGGGACGCGGCGCUGA